CCCCCAGGAUGUUUUUCUGUGACAAAGGUGGCUACCGCUGCAACAUCCCGCACGUCACCCGCCUUAAUUAACCAAUCGGCAUUGAUCCUUGUGGCUCCUUGUUCACGCUGAAGAUAUUCACUGUAGAAACAGUGUGUGCGUGUGUGUGUGUGUGUGUGUGCACAAAAAUAAUACAAACUAUCACGCUGAUCCGGUUGAAUCGUUGAUUUAUCAGGACAGAGACCUGGCAAAGUGAGCGUUGGACAGCUCUGCUCUGAAACCAGAUUCCUUCAGGUUUUGUCUUCAUCUGACCACCAGUACACUGAGAAGAUUCUUCUCCAGGAUGACAAGAAACCUGUCUCUGUGGGUUUCCACACAUGCUGAUCCUUUACAGAAUGGCUCUGUCUUCUCCCUGCUGAACUCGUCUGCUCCACCCUCCCCUCCACCCUGGGAGGCUCCAUCCUUCACUGUGGCGGCCCGCUGCCGUGUAGCAGCCACGCUGGUGUUGUUUGUCUUUGCUGCUGGCAGUAAUCUGUCAGUCCUGAUCAGUGUGUGCUGGGGGCGGGGUCAUCGCCUGGCAGCACACCUGCGCCCGCUCAUUGCAAGCUUGGCAUCAGCUGAUCUGGUGAUGACUUUUGUAGUGAUGCCACUUGAUGCCAUUUGGAACAUUACAGUUCAGUGGUAUGCUGGGGAUAUCAUGUGUAAACUGCUGUGUUUCCUCAAGCUCUUUGCCAUGCACUCAGCAGCAUUCAUACUGGUGGUGGUAAGUCUGGACCGCUAUCGGGCGAUCCUUCAUCCUCUGGGUUCUCUCAAUGCUGGGCUCAGGAACAGACGCAUGCUGCUGGUGGCCUGGACCCUGAGUCUGCUGCUGGCAUCUCCACAGCUGUUCAUCUUUCGGGUCAUUAAAGCUGAUGGGGUGGACUUCACUCAGUGUGUGACCCAUGGGAGUUUCCAGUAUCUCUGGCAGGAGACGGCAUACAACAUGUUUCACUUUGUGAUGCUAUAUGUCUUCCCCCUGCUUGUCAUGACUUUCUGCUACACCCGCAUCCUCACCAAGAUCAAUGGGCAGAUGCACAUGAGCAAAGAUGGUGAGCACUGGCUGAGACGCAGUGGAACAGACAUGAUACCCAAAGCCCGGAUGAAGACGCUCAAGAUGACCAUUGUGAUUGUCAGCUCCUUUGUCAUCUGUUGGACACCCUACUACCUCCUGGGGAUCUGGUACUGGUUCCAACCAGCCAUUAUCCAGCACACACCUGAGUAUGUGCACCACAUACUGUUUGUCUUUGGCAACCUGAACACAUGCUGUGACCCGGUCAUCUACGGCUUCUACACGCCGUCUUUCCGGGCCGAUCUCACUGACGUGGUGGCAUGCUGUUGUGGUCUCCAAACCAACAACGCCUCGCCUCGCUCUGUAGAUCAUCUGUCUGCUCGAAGUGCUGGAGCUGCUGUGGAAAUGGAGUCUGAUCUGAGCUCAAACCAGCACAGUGGGAACCCCAGUGAAAAACAGUGGUGAUCUGACUCUGAGGAAUUAAGCAUUGUUACACUAUAUCCAGUGUACUUAAUGCAGGUGUUAGCUGUUUAAUGCUCAAGGAAAUCCAUCAUAAUAAUAAUAAUAAAUACAUAAUUGGAUGGCGCAACAACUUGACUUUUCUUGCCCUUUAGAACAGUUGUUUUGAGCUGUGGAACGGUGAUCCAGAGGGAAACACCUCUCUCCUUAACAUAUGCACCAUUCUGAAAAUAAUUGCCCUUACUGGUCUUGUAUGGUUUCUCGCCAGAUUGCAAAUGAAAACGAAUGUGCUGCAAGACCCGUUCUCUGUUAAAUUACUGUAUAUCAAUGAAAUAUCAAUAUGUUUUCUGUCAGGCCAGCUGGAGCUGGACACGUUUUACCUAACUAAGUCUUUUUUAACGCAAUAGCUCUAUUUUUAAUCUUCUGAGACAUUUUAGUCCUCCAUCUCACCUAACAGCUGUGUCGGUCCACACUAGUGCUAAGAGACAUUUAUUCAUUUUAUUUUAUUUAUUUAUUUUUAUAUAGUGCCAAUUCAUAACAGAAGUUAUCUCAUUGCACUUUCCGUACUCUUUUUAAUAUUAUUUACAGAGACCCAACAAA